AUGGCUCGCAAAUUCUUCGUUGGCGGCAACUUCAAAAUGAAUGGAACUCAGAAAUCCAUUACCGAUAUCAUUAACAAUCUUAAUGCUGCCAACCUUGACCCCAACACCGAAGUCGUCGUCUCCCCGCCUUCCAUUUACCUUCUUCUUGCCCGUAGCAAAGCCGAUUCCAAAAUCGGCGUCGCCUCCCAAAAUGUUUUUGAUAAGCCAAUGGGAGCCUACACUGGUGAACUGAGCGUCGAGCAGCUAAAUGAAUGUGGUAUUGCAUGGACAUUAGUAGGACACAGCGAGAGAAGAGUUAUUCUCAAAGAAGAUAACGAUUUUGUUGGACGCAAGGCUAAGUCUGCCAUUGACGGUGGACUCGGUGUAAUCCUUUGUGUUGGAGAGACCCUCGAGGAGCGUGAGGUUGACAAGACUGUUGAAGUGGUGACAAGGCAGCUGGCAGCGGUCACUUCUAAGAUUAGCGAGCAAGACUGGUCUAAGAUCGUUGUUGCUUACGAACCUGUCUGGGCCAUUGGCACCGGAAAAGUCGCCACGACACAGCAAGCCCAAGAAGUUCACGCCGCCAUUCGCAAGUAUAUCGCAGAAAAUGUUUCUUCCUCCGUUGCUGAGAGCCUUCGUAUCAUCUACGGCGGUAGUGUCAGCGAGAAAAACUGCAGGGAGCUUGCAAAAGAAAACGAUGUUGACGGGUUUUUGGUUGGUGGUGCUAGCUUGAAGCCUGCCUUUGUUGACAUUAUCAACGCUCGUCUUUAG